AUGUUGAAGACAUUAUAUUUAUUUGCCUCAAUUGCCAUUUGUACGAGCAAAUUGCCCGGUAAAUUAAUUGGUGGUAGAACAGCUGAGAUUGAAGAAUUUCCUUAUCUUGUUUCGCUGCAACAUGCUGCACAUCAUGUUUGUAGCUGCACAAUUAUCAGUCAUUUUCAUGUAAUGACAAGUGCAAGUUGUGUUAUUUUAAAUACAUCACCACUUGUUAUACCAGCUAAUUUAAAAAUUCUUACUGGUACCAAUGAUAGAUUUGGUGAAACAGAUGGGAGUAUUUAUUACAACGUAAAAUUAGUCAUUUUUCAUCCAUUCUACGAUGAAAAGUUCUUUUGGAUCAACGACAUAGCAAUUUUAAAGUUGGAAAAUAGAAUUGAAUAUUCAAUGAAACGUAAAAAUAUUUUAUUACCAUCAAAUGAUUUUGAUUUAUCACGUUCUGUAUUUAUUGCUGGAUGGGGUUAUUCAACUUCAACAAGUUAUGCAUGCUCAAGAUUUCUUCAAGUUCUUCAAAUGAUUAUUAAAAGUCAAAGUAAUUGUGGUAUUAUUUAUCAUGGUUAUCCAAUUUUUUUUGAUGUACAAAAUUGUGCAACAGCAUUGGAUUCUCUUGCUGGUGUUUCACAGGGUGAUGGAGGAAGUCCUUUGAUUGAAGAUGGAAAAAUUGUCGGCGUCACAUCUGUCUAUAAUGCCUUUCUAAAAAAUUCAAUAAUAUAUACAAGAGUUUUUUUUUACAAAGAUUGGAUUUUAAGUAUAAUUAAUAAUUAUUAA